AUUACUCCAAGAAUUGUCAAUUCAAUCCAUUCUUUCUGUUCAUAAGUUCUCAAAACGAUAGUUGGUUUCAGAGAUCUCAAAGUCUGAAUUGUUUUCAUCCAUUAUUUUAGUGUAUUUGUCUUUAGUAUCUAUUCAUUAAAACUAUAAAAUGGCAGACUUGAAACCACCGGAAGUUGAAAAGGCCAGAUUACACUUUGAUAUUUAUGACUUCGAAGGAGAAUCUAAAGUAGAUUAUGUAAAUUUGGGUGAUUUGUUGAGAUCACUGGAUCUGAGACCAACUCAGGCCAUGAUUGAAAAGGGUGGCGGAACCAAAAAAAAAGGAGAAAAAACGAUGAGUUUCGAAGAAUUUCUUCCAAUCUAUAGUCAGAUAAAGAAAGAGAAAGAAGUCGGAGCUUUUGAGGAUUUUAUGGAGGGAUUGAAAGUAUACGAUAAGUUAGAGAACGGUACGAUGUUGGCCGGGGAGUUGGCACAUGUAUUGUUAUCAUUAGGUGAGAAGUUAAAUGAUCCCGAAGUUGAAGACAUCAUGAAAGCCUGUGCCGGACAGGAAGAUGAAGACGGCUUUAUUAAAUACGAGGCAUUUAUCAGGAACGUUAUGGCCGGUCCAUUCCCUGAAGAAGCCAAAUAAAUUACCAACAAAUAUAUUUAAUAUUAUCCCAAAAACAUAAUAUAUAUUUCCAUUAAUUUGAUAACAACAUAAAUUUUAUUUAAAUCAAAUUCAAUUUACAGGAUAUUUAAAACAUUUUUCAAUGUUUAAAUUGAUUUAAAGCCAUUUUAAAUACUAAAGUUAAAGUUUAGAGUUGAAAACCUUAAAAAUAUUUUCUGUAUAACAACUAUACAUUCAGAGA